AUGGCAUCUUGGUCGCUCGGCUUGCCCUCAUCACCAUCAUCUCUCGCUGUUACAGUUCUUUAUACUCCCAUGAUCGAUCUCCUCAAGGGCAUUAGGGAAGAGGUGCUAAGGGAAUGCAGGAUGGGAAUUCCUGAAGCUGAUGUACUUACCAAGUUGAAAGAGGUGAACAUGGUUCUUCUUGAGACUUUGAGGCUAUAUGGUGCAGUAAUGGAUAUGGAUAGAGAGGCAGCAAAAGAUAGGAAAUUAGGGAAUUUGAUGAUUUCAAAAGGUGUACGUGUAACAAUUCAAUUUGUGAAGAUUCAUAGGAGCAAGGAAUAUUGGGGAGACGAUGCAAACGAGUUCAAUCCAUUGAGGUUCAAGAAUGGAGUAUCUCAAGCUGCAAAACACCUAAAUGCUUUCAUCGCCUUUGGAUUUGGUUUGAGAGGUUGCAUUGGUCAGAAUUUAGCGAUGCUAGAGAUGAAAAUGGUGCUUUCAUUAUUGCUUCAACAAUUUUCUUUUUCCCUCUCUCUAGAGUAUAAGCAUGCACCGGCUAAUCAUUUGAAUUUGCAGCCACAAUAUGGAGUCCCUGUUAUUGUGAAACCUUUCCUUCUUUCAAAAUAA